AUGUCCAUACCAGGUGGGAGCUUUCAGAAGGGUUCUCAAGAGUGUGCCAACCGGCUUGCCUGCAUGGCCAUAUCUUAUCCUGAUGAAAUUGGACCAAAGCACUGGCCCAGCUCUCGUUUUGCCCACGUGAUGAAACUACGACAGGCAGCCCUUCGAACUGCGAGGGAAAAAUGGUCAGACUACAUUCUGUUCAUAGAUGUUGACAACUUCCUGACUAAUCCACAGACCCUCAAUCUAAUGAUUGCAGAAAACAAGACCAUUGUGGCCCCAAUGCUGGAGUCUCGAGGCCUGUACUCUAAUUUCUGGUGCGGAAUUACACCUCAGGGCUUCUAUAAACGGACACCAGACUACCUUCAGAUUAGAGAAUGGAAGAGGAUAGGCUGCUUUCCUGUCCCCAUGGUCCACUCCACAUUCCUAAUUGACCUCAGGAAGGAAGCCUCUGACAAGCUGAUGUUCUACCCCCCGCACCAGGACUACACCUGGACCUUUGAUGACAUCAUUGUCUUUGCCUUCUCCAGCAGGCAAGCAGGCAUCCAGAUGUACCUCUGCAACAGAGAACACUAUGGCUACCUGCCCAUCCCCUUGAAGCCCCAGCAGACCCUGGAGGAGGACAUCGAGAACCUCAUCCAUGUGCAGAUAGAAGCAAUGAUUGACGGUCCUCCAAUGGAACCUUCCCAGUUUGUCUCAGUUGUCCCUAAAUAUCCAGACAAGAUGGGAUUUGAUGAGAUUUUCAUGAUAAACCUCAAGCGCAGAAAGGACAGACGGGACCGGAUGUUACGCACCCUGUACGAGCAGGAGAUUGAGGUCAAGAUUGUCGAGGCUGUGGAUGGAAAGGCACUCAACACAAGCCAGCUGAAGGCCCUGAAUAUUGAAAUGCUGCCUGGGUAUCGAGAUCCCUACUCCUCCAGGCCUCUAACCAGAGGUGAAAUCGGCUGCUUUCUUAGUCACCACUCUGUCUGGAAAGAGGUAAUUGACCGAGAGCUGGAGAAGACUCUUGUUAUUGAGGAUGAUGUGCGUUUUGAACAUCAGUUUAAGAAGAAGUUGAUGAAGCUGAUGGAUGACAUUGACCGGGCUCAGCUGGAUUGGGAACUGAUUUAUAUUGGUAGGAAGAGGAUGCAAGUAAAAGAACCAGAGAAAGCAGUGCCCAAUGUGCUAAAUCUGGUUGAAGCUGACUAUUCCUACUGGACGCUGGGCUACGUCAUCUCUCUGGAGGGAGCACAGAAGCUGGUUGGAGCCAAUCCCUUUGGGAAGAUGCUGCCAGUGGACGAGUUUCUGCCCAUCAUGUACAACAAACAUCCUGUAGCUGAGUACAAGGAGCAUUACGAAUCCAGGGACUUGAAAGCCUUCUCUGCAGAACCCUUGCUUAUCUACCCCACACACUACACAGGCCAGCCCGGGUAUCUGAGUGACACGGAGACCUCGACCAUUUGGGACAAUGAGACAGUGGCCACUGACUGGGACAGGACACAUUCCUGGAAGUCCCGGAAGCAAGGUCGCAUCCACCGCAAUGCCAAGAACACAGAAGCCCUGCCGCCGCCAACCUCCGUAGACGCCGUGCCUUCGAGGGAUGAGCUAUGAAGGCUUGACAGGGGGUCAUCAUCCUUUGGUUUUUCUAAUGGGCUAUUCAUCUGUUUGUUCUGGUUUAUUUUUGUGGUCACAGUCAUCCAACCAAAGUGGUCUAAUGCGAUUGAUCAAAGUUAAUAUAUUCUUGAGAGGGGCGGAGAAUAGGGAAACUAAACCCACGUUUUCUGGGAUGGCUAGAAGAUAGGCUUUAUGGCAACCAUUAUGAUAAGCUCCAAUCCAGACACCUAGUCCUGCAUCUCAUUACUCGGAUGAUACUAGUUCCCACAUGAAGGUUGAAUAAUAUGGUUCAGAGUCUCUUCUAAGAGAUAGGUGAUCAGCAUGCUGUCACAUCAAUAAAUGCGUCCGCAAGAUAGCCAUGCCAGCUGACCACAUCUAUUGGUCUAGUGGGCCUAUUUUAU